GCUGUUAAGCCUAGGAUUCGGCUCUUUUAAUGUAAGCAUGUGCCUCGAGGAGUUCCGUGCAUUGAAUCUGAGCCGCCGCCUCUAUUCUACAGUAGACAGUCAUAACGAGAGUUGAGAUGGCGUGCUGCAUGCCAUGCCCAUACCCCUCGUUAUUAUUGCACGAACCAAAGGGCAUUACAGGAACUGAAGAAGAACAAAUCCAAAGAUAAACUAAUCGAAGAUUAAAGAUUUAAUGUAAUCUGUGUGUUUUUUGGGAUUAGCCUAAUUUUGUGCACUCUUUAGAGAAAAAGAAAGCAACACGAAGAAGGGAUUAGUGAAGCACAACCCCCGCCUCUUCUUUGGAGGAUGAAAUUUUUCUGCUAUCCUGGUUGCAGGAACUUUCCUGCUACCCCAGAGCUCAGCUCCGGGGAGAAGCUCGUCCGUUCACUACUACCGACUGAGAAAUCUACCCUCAAAUGCAAGAUAGAAGAAGAAGAAGCAGAGAAGGAAAAAAAUCUAUCGGCCUCGGAGGAGGAGGAGUUGCUUAAUGGAGUGGCGGAGAAGACUCCAGUCAAAUUUUCUUACACAGCGACCGAGUUAAAUCGCCGGCCGCCGACGUCCGAGGAAUCGGUAAUUAAGGAAAUUUCCGGCACAACUUCACCAUUCGCAACGCGUCCCUCUUGUUAUUCAUCUUCUUCGUCGUUCGACAACUUUACAGAGGAGAGCCUAAACCCAAUGUCCCCGGAAGAGGAGGAGAUCAUCGUCAAGCUCGAAAGCUUACAACUUUUCGAGCAAGAGGAAUCAUUGAUCUUACUGAGAAAGAUCACAAGAACCAAUGUAGAUAUGAGGGUUCCACUCUGUAGCCCACGAUUGCUUUUGGUGCUAAAAUCUCUCCUGACCUCCCGCUACUCCUUCAUCCAGAUAAACGCGGUGGCAUCUCUGGUGAAUCUCUCGUUGGAAAAGAUCAACAAGGUAAAGAUCGUACGGGCGGGGAUCGUUCCACCAUUGAUCGACGUGUUGAAGGGAGGGUUCUCUGAAGCGCAGGAACACGCUGCGGGUGCCCUCUUCAGCCUCGCUCUUGACGAUGACAACAAGAUGGCCAUAGGUGUGUUAGGCGCAUUGCCACCGCUGCUCCACAUGCUCCGGUCAAAAAGCGAGCGGGCUCGGCACGAUUCAGCACUCGCUCUGUACCAUCUCUCGCUACUUCAGAGCAACCGAUCCAAACUCGUGAAGCUGGGUUCUGUGCCGAUGCUGUUAGCCAUGGCAAAGGGAGGAGGAGACCUCGGGAGUAGGGCUCUGCUCAUACUCUGCAAUUUAGCGGCAUGUGCAGAGGGGCGCACAGCAUUGCUGAAUGCGAACGCGGUGGAAUGCUUCGUGGGGAUGUUGAGAGGAAACGAAUUAAAAUCGGAAACGAUUCGGGAAAAGUGCGUGGGGGCGUUGUACGCUCUGAGUCAAGGGAGUUUGAGGUUUAAAGUGCUGGCGAAGGAGGCGGGAGCGGCGGAGGUGUUGAGAGAGGUGGAAGAGAAAGGGAGCGAAGGAGCGAGGGAGAAGGCAAAGAGGAUCUUACGAUCUUAUAUCACGGUUGUCUUUCUGGAUGGAACGAAUGUAACUCUUGGUUAUGUUGUGGGUCUCAGAAAACCUGCACAGCUUUAACAUCUUACAUCGAUAGUAUAGUGAGGUCUUAUAUGUCUUCUAUGUAGUGUCGUGGUUGUACUGAGAGCUCUUUGAUCAUAGAUGAGAAAUCCUCAAUUACAUCGCA